UCUCCGUACGUAAAGGGUACAUGCUGACAAGGUAGGCAGAGAGCUGCGUGAAGUCUCCUACCCCUGGUUUCAAUGGUGGAAACUGUUUUUUACUUAUUUUUGUAGCCAUGCCUAUGAAAGGACGAUUCCCCAUUAGGAGAACACUAGAAUAUCUUCAGAAAGGGGAGAUUGUCUUCAAAAAUACAGUGAAGAUCAUGACGGUCAAUUACAACACGCAAGGAGAGCUAAGCGAUGGGGCAAGAAAGUUUGUAUUUUUUAACGUUCCUCAAAUUCAGUACAAAAAUCCUUGGGUUCAAAUCAUGAUGUUCAAAAAUAUGACUCCAUCGCCAUUCCUCAAGUUCUACCUUGAUGACGGUGAGCAGGUUUUGGUGGAUACAGAGGGGAAAGACCACAAAGAAAUUACCCAUCAUGUCAAGAAGAUCAUGGGCAAGACCCAAGAAGAGCUACAGGCUGAGGCCCUGGCCAGGAUGGUGGCUUCAAACCCAGCCAACUUUGGGCCCAAGAAGUACUGCCUGAAGGAGUGCAUGUGUGAGGUAGAGGGGCAGGUGCCGUGCCCAGGCCUGGUGCCUCUGCCUAAAGAAAUGACGGGCAAGUUUAAGGCCCAGAUGAAGGCAGCCGAGAGCUGAAGGAGAGCAGUUGGGACUCUUGUAUAUACUGGACUAUGAACACUGCAGCUUUUUUUUUUUUUUUUACAAUAAAGAACUUAAGAACACCUGAACCUGCAGGGGAAUGUUAUUUCAAAAGGAAACCUUCCAUGUGAAGCUUUAGUACUUGCAUGGAAAGUUAAUUGAACAGACAGUACCCUGUUCCAUCUCCACACCUAUACAGAUGUAGUCUGAAUCCUUAUGGUUAUUCUUGAAAAUUAACUGGGAAUUUAAAAAACUAUUGUACCCUCAGAAUCAAGGUAAGUAAUAUGAUGAAGUUUAUCUAUGCUAUGUUUCAACCUGGACGUAAUGAACUUGUGAAACAUGGAAUGAUGUGUUUGGUAUUAAAAUGCAUCUACUCGCAGUGAUGGCUUUGAAUUAAAAAAAGAAAAGGAAAUGCA